AUGUCGGCGACCCGGCCCCGUUGCUCGCUUCACGGUCUCAUGACCGAGCAGCCGAGCGGCCGGGGCCCGCGGGGGCAGCUCAAGCGGAGAAGCCCCGUACUGACAUUCAGCCGGAACCGGCCGUUCGGCCGCCGCGCUUUACGGCCGCCACCGCGAGGAACGCUGGGAAGUGCAGUUCGCCCGAGAGGCCCCCGACGACGGGACUCCGCGAACGGACUACAAGGCCUGGCGUGCAUUUCGCAACUGCAGGCCUCCGGCUCUCGUGAAGGAGCGGAGCGAGAGGAGGAGAACCUGGACGCGCUGGGCCCCCUGGCCCCCUACGUGCCGCCGCCGCCGCUGCUGCCCUCUAUGUUCUACGUGGGCCUGUUUUUCGUCAACGUGCUGAUCCUGUACUACGCCUUCCUCAUGGAGUACAUCGUCCUCAACGUGGGCCUCGUCUUCCUGCCGGAGGACAUGGACCAGGCGCUUGUGGACCUCGGCGUGCUCUCGGACCCCGGCUCGGGCCUCUACGACGCCGACUCGGAGCUCGACGUCUUCGAUGCGUAUUUGGAGUGA